UGCCAUGACCAUCAGCUUGAUCUUUCUGAAUAGUUACGCGUCUACUGACGGCUAUAUGGGUCCUUAUCCUGAUAAAGAAAGGACAAAUUAAAGCUGGAAGCCAUAAUAUAUUAAACACACGAAUGGUGCAAGAUCGGUGAUUGAUCAAAUUUUUGUCAUCUAAAUCUUGGAGAUUUGUUUUUUUUUUAUUUUCAAUGUCUGUCAUCCCCGUAAAUUGACAGAAGUUCCCCUAAGUGGCUUUAGUUUUUAUCGAAUGAUUUUAUUAAGCCAAGUCUGUUUAAGUUUAAGAAAAUAGAGAAAUUUCACACCAAAUUUGCCCAAUUUGAAAGGAUAAAAAUGACGUGUCUUAUACCGAUUACAUGUUCACGGAUCUCCGACAAAGGACAAAAAUUCCAACGUUCCAUAGUAUUUUUGACAUCAGUUUGUUUUUUCCGUACAAAACUAAAAAACAAGAUUUCAACUUAAUUAUCACCGCACAAAAUUUACGAAACACCUUCUCAUUUUCACUGACUACGAAAAAGGCUGUAUCAGUUGUACGAUAAAUUCAGCAAUUAGAAUCCAACUUGUAGGAAAACAAUUCACAACCGAGGGUAAUCAAAGUUUAUGAGCAAUUUUCUUCAUUACGCAAAGCAGUUGAGUGCGCUGCGCUGGGAGAGACACGAAUGCCAGUGAACCCUACUAGAUCCGAUUUCGAUAAUCUUUUCUCCACGGAAGUGCGCCGUGUCGUCAAAUAUGAAUGCAACGCCAUGUGAGUCAGUAGUAACAUUUGAGCUUUCUGGGAGAGCUAAACUACUUGAUCAUGACGACCGACCGAACCCAAUAUUAUGAAGUCAACAUCCCCGUUCCGUUUGGAAUUAUCGCUGGAAAAUGGUAUGGUUCUAAAGAUGUGCGACCAAUUCUGUUCAUCCAUGGAUUCAACGAUAAUUGCGGAACCUUCGAUCGCUUAAUUCCUCUACUGCCAUCACGUGGUAGUUACUUAGCCAUUGAUCUGCCAGGGUGUGGACUAUCGUCUAGGACUCCUAACGGAAUGAUGUAUCACGUGUCUGAUCUGGUUCUGGUUAUACUUUGGAUUAUGAAAACUUAUCAAUGGUCAAAAGUAUCAUUGGUAGGGCACUCCAUGGGAGCUAUGGCUUGCUAUUGCUUCAUAGGAUUUUUCCCAGCAAAAGUCGAUUUGUUCAUUGCGAUGGACGCACUGCAGCUUUCCCACUUCGAACAGAUUCUAGACCAACAAGCUUACUUCUUCACUCGAUCAAUGCAAGCGAACGAGGAUAAUGUGAACAACGUUUCGACAAGUGAAUACACUUACGAGCAGUUGAUCGAAAAGGUCCAUAACUUACCGUCCUGUACUAUCCCGAAGGAGCUUUGUCCCUGUAUUCUCCGGAGGAACAUUAGCAAAUCGAAAACGUUACCCGAGAGUUACUGUUUUCACUACGACAGCCGAACAAAGUAUCCCUACAUCAUGGGAUGGUCGAAGGAAGCAAGUGCGAUGACUGCCAAACGAAUCAAGUUCCCGGUGUUGAUAAUUAGAGCGAAUGAUUCCCUGUUCUACGGUGAUGAAGAGGAGUUUUUCUGCUUGGUGGAAACGUUGAAGCAGAACAAUACCCAUACGAAGCUGGUACACACGCCAGGAGGGCAUUACUUCCACCUGAUAGUCGCCGAGCGGAUUGCAACCGAAAUCGAAAUGUUCCUGGGUGAGAUUGGAUAUUAUGACAAGGCAGUUCAGAGUAAAAUGUGAUUUUUUUGGCGAAGUGUGAAAUUUAGAUAUGCUGGAAUUUUUAUUGAAAUGAUCAAUAAAUUAACUACACCACAAUAUGGCCUACAAUAGAUCGCAAGAAAUUUUUUUCAGUGUUACAUUUCGUUAGGACGUGAUAUGUAUUAUGUAUAUCAUUUAUCAAAAAUCCUCUUUUUAUUCGAAUUGGGUGCCAAUUGCUACAAAGCCUGCUAGUGUUCUAUGAGCUCGUUUACAGCUAUGUCCAUUGAGAGAUUUCAUUAUAAAAUUGGGGUUGGGGGUGUUUCCGUACAAUUUCAUA